AUGAUUGGUCCAAGUAGCGCUCAAGCGCCUCGUCAUGUGCGACAAACUGGGAAUGUGACAGGUUUAAAGCUUUACCAAGGAGUGCCGGUUGACACGCCAUGUGCAUGGGCAGAGUUCACUGUAGUCUACAGAGGGUUUUAUCCCUUAGCAGAGGACGGCCGUGUUGAUAGAAUUCAUGAUUCCAUUGAGAAUGUCAUCACAGAUUCGGGUCGGAGAAAAGAAGUCGUUAAGAUUGAAACAACUGAGACAGGUGUGGAGGUGCGCAGAUUGUCUGACAAUGAGUUACUUCUCAACCAUUCCUACACGGAAGUGUCAGCUUGUGGGAGACGUACAGAUAUGCUUCUGUAUUUUGGAUACAUUGCUGGGGAGACAACCUGCAAUAUGGCCAAGGAUUUCAAAUGCUAUGUCUUUGAAAGUGAAGAAGCCUCAGAGGCUAAGAUCAUCCUGUGUAGUAUUGCUCAAGGUUUCGAGAGGACCCACUGGUUUUUAUGAGCCGAGACUCCCAACAUGUACAUCUCAGCACUUGCUACAGAUCUGAUUUUAUUAUUGUUGUUGUAGACCAACUGCUUUACUUCCUGGAUCUGAUUGACAAAUAGUGGAGUCAAAUAUCUCGCACAAAGAGUAUCGUGUUAAAAAAAUUGCUUCCUCAUACCUCAACCUCAUGUCAUUGCCUUAGCAUCCAAGUACAGUUUGUGUUCUGUGGAUGUUCUCGUGUGAUAUCAUUGACAUUUCCCAGUCCUUAUUCCUUUUAUAUAUUCUUUUAUUUCAAGAAUGAUGUCAAAAUUGUCCAAGAUGACCACUUAUUGGUGAAAAGAAAAGUGGUCAUCUUAGACAGGUGGUCCUCUUGGACGGUGUCAUUAUAAUAAAAAAGUGCAAAGAGGGAAGUGAGAAGUUGUUGUUUGUGCAGGUGAUUGUCUUAGACAGGUGAUGGUUAGAGCUGUUUGACUGUAUAUAUGAUAAACUGAAAUGGAUGGAGAGGGGAAAAAACUCUGAACCAAAACGAAAAGCUUGAUGCUUUUAUGAAAUAAAAACUGAAGGAGGAAGCUGGCACAUUCCUGACCCAAAUAUCGUCAAUUUGAUCAGAUUUAACUCUUUAUCUCCGGCAUGCUCGGGCACCUUCCUUUACGACUUCGACAUCAAAUUACUUUUUGGCAAUUGCCAAAAACAGGUCUCUUUUAUGUGGAGUUCAUUCAUUAGAUGAAGAACUAUCAAACAAGUUUUGAUUUAAUGACCCAUUUAGUGAUGCAAAAACGGGGCCCGACAUAGUGGGAGAUGAAGAGUUAAGAGUAGGCUAAAUGUUUGUGCCAAAAGAAAUCUGGAACACUAAUUUAUCAACUCGAAUGAGCUUUAAUUUAAAGUUGUUGUUUUUUAUUUUGCAGUGGACUAAACAUUCCUAUUUAAUAUUUGAUCAAAAGAGUUUCUGUCUUCCAAUAAGGAAACUUCAUGCUAAUGGCAUCAAUAUGUGAUGUCUUUGAGUGUUUGAGAAAGAAAGAGAGAGAGGGGGGGAUGAAUGAAUUUUUGGACUGUAUUAGUGAGGGCAUCGAAUUAUUCUAUGUGAAGGGAUCAGAUGGAUUUGUUGGGAUAAUUGUAGAAGCACUAUUGCUUGAACACAGUAUAUACAGUGUAGAAAUACAUUUGCUUCGUCAGCACUGAUUGAUCCUCUUUUUGCUCGUAAUAAAUUAGUCAGACUUGAACUCAAAUUUUGUUGAAAGUUGCUCACAUCUUGUAACCUGCAGAUUUAUUAUUUGUCUGUUGUGGUAAUGAUAAGUUGGAACUUUAAAGCUCAUUAAGCCUACUUUUGAGUAGAAAUAGGCACUAUAGAAGUCCUUUAUUAUUACGUUAUAUGGGCACGCUGACCUCAUGGCUUGGCUGCUAGACUUGCUAUUAUCCUGAGUUCAAAUUCCAGGCUGGGGCAAACUUGUUUUUGAGAUUGACCUCACUUGCACAAAUUUUUCCUCAUUAUACCAAGUUGGGAAUGGAUACUUGAAAGAUCCUAUCGGUAUAUUAUUAGUGUUUGAAAAUGGCAUGCUACUCUGAUCCUCUGUCAGGGAUAUAAAACAUUGUACGAUGUGUUGAGCUCUUUUGUGUUUAGAGAUAUUUUAGUACAAUUUAAGAUUGUUAAUAGAUUGACUAGGUGAGGAUGUUACGUUUUUUAAAAUUCAACUUUUCGAAAAUAGGAUCGUAAUACCCCUGAUUCCGAUUUUUAAAAUGUUUUAGCUACCCAACCUGCUGCCAAAUUUCCUGGUGUGUAAGGGAAGAAAAACUACCAGACUCAGACAGUCUACGUCACAACGUCACGUGCAACUUUCUAACUUUAAAAGUAUUAACUCCCUCUUUGCAUUGAGCCUUUGUAGUCACUCAGUACCACUUUGCCCUUAGAAAAACAUUACACUUUAGAAGUGCCAAAGCGAAGAGUAGUGAGGCAAACAUUAGAUUGACAAAGCGUUAGAAAAUUCUUGUCCUUUUGUAUCGUCACACCUUUGUUUACGUUACAUUUAUACAAACUUGACUACAACCCGUCUUUGACACCCCAUUGAAGAUUUUCCGUGGCCAUAUUACUAAUUUUAACCAGUUUACUCAUUUUCUUUUUGUUGAUUACUAAAACAUAGGUUGGUGGGUGGGCAGCCCUGGGUAAAACAAAUUUAGGUUAAAUGAUAGACCCUUAGACUUUAAUUCAGAUCUCACAGAAUGACAGUGAACUGAACUUGUCUGGUAUGUCUGCUCUGCCAUGUGUUUGAUCUCAUUACCAUGUUUUUGUAGGGUCCAUUAUCUUUUGAUCCGUUCUGUAUGUUGGAUGACUUGUAAAUUCACUUUUUGUUUCACAUGAUCUUUAUCAUUUUGAAUGUACCGGGUAAGCCUAAUUUUUAUCAUUUUAGUACUGUUUUAUUUGAAUAGGUUUAGAAUAGAUUUCAGCUCUGGUGUGGUUUCUGAAUGUCAAGAAUUUUACAAUGUACUAAGACUGUUUUGAAGCAGAAAUAAAGAAAGCUUUACUUUCUAAUAUUUUUUCAACUUGUACAAGAACUUUAGUUCUUGGAUUGAAGUGAUGAUCAGUGAGAAAAAAUACCUAUAAAAAAGCUAAAGAUACUAAAGAUAAAGUAUGUAAUCGUCUUUUUAUUCACAGUAUGUUGCUGAUGUAUUUAUUGAAAUGCUGAAUUUUGUAAUAAAAGGCAGCUUUUCUCUUGUUUUCAGAUGAUUUGUAUGCUCUCUGUACAUAUAAGUUUAUUGAAAAUUCAUUUUAAAUGGCCAGUAGAAAAGGGAGUGAAUUGCAUGAAUGAGUUGCACAUUUGAAAGUAUAUUUAAUUUUCUUUUCUUUUUGUGCUUAAGUACAAGGGGGCUUGACAGUUCUCAUAAGAGGGGCUUGAGAAAAACGUGCAUUUAUGGAAUGUUGUUCCCUAUCAAGAUGAUGGUUGUAGUUAGGGUACUUACUUUGAUGCUGUGUUUGACUGUUUGUGCCAGGUGUCCUCAAAAUAGCCACCAUCUUAAUUUUUCAUUCCUGGGGAGUGAAUACUGGUAGAGAUUACCUGUUCCAUACAGGUCUGUGGCACCAAAUAUCUGGCUGCCUAGACUAGCUCUGGCUUUAUUCACGUUUUUUAUUUUUAUUUGAUUUACAAUACUUGGUAGAAAUAUUAAGUUUUUGCAGAAUUAAAUGCUUACGUUUACAGGUGAGUGCCAAUGUUUCAAAUGCAAAUUGUACAACAAAUAGUUAAUCGUAUUAUGAGUGUUUUUUGUUUUUUUAACGCGUCAGGUGUUUUGGCAGAGACUUGUGUAUCUAGAGAACAAGUAACAGUAGGAACAAGGUUAGUGAAAUGUGAAUUAAAGAGCUGGUCUAUCUCUAGCCUCUUGAAAUAGAUUUUAAA